CUGAGAGCUGCGAGAUGACACACGUGGAUAAACCUUUUUUUUCAGCUAAUGAUCUCAACUAACCGCCUUUAGCUUUGAACGUUUAGAUGCUUUUUCCUACCUAGCUUUGCUAUCUAUCAAAAGCUCUUCAUAUUAUUUGAUUAUCGUCGUCAUAGCUAGACUUUUUUCCCUCUCACAUUUAGUUAUUCAUCUCUUACAUCGUUCUAUAUUCCUGUGGACUUUGUGCCCAAUUCCUUUUCAUAUUCGUCUUCUCCGGCUCAAGUACGGAAUAUUUCAUCUGCAUCUGCAUUUUGCAUUUUUUUAAGCAGGUUUAGAAAAAAAAAGGAAAGAAAAACAAGAGCCGAACGCGACGGCAUAGAGUUCUCCAUCCAAAAGUACCUAGUCGCAGUAACAAACUUAACCAAAGUUACAAACUCAAUUGUUCAUCUACCAACGAGGAACCUAUUUUUAAGAGCCAGCUCUUUUUAAAACUUAAUUCCACGGAUUAUAACCUCUUCGUCACCGACAUUUUAUCACCAAUCACCAAUCACCAACCCCCCCAAAAUGUCUAGUCAGCCUCUUUUACAAACGGCUCCAGGCAAACGAAUUGCCCUACCUACCCGAGUCGAGCCCAAGGUCUUCUUCGCCAACGAACGUACCUUUCUAUCAUGGCUUAACUUCACCGUUAUUUUGGGCGCCUUAGCCAUUGGCAUGUUGAAUUUUGGCGACCGUCCCGCCUUCAUCUCGGCUUUCCUAUUCACGGGCGUAGCCAUGCUCACGAUGAUAUAUGCCUUAUUUACAUAUCAUUGGAGGGCUAAGUCGAUAAGAGUAAGGGGGCAGGCUGGUUUCGACGACCGCUUCGGACCAUCCGUACUCGCCAUUAUCCUUCUACUAGCCGUCGUCGUCAACUUCGUCCUGCGAAUAACGUACGCUAGCGCAGAGGGCGGGAAGAAGCAUUAAUUUUAAACAGUCGAAAGACACCCAAUCGCCAAAUCGUGGGUCGGGCUCACGGGAACUAGUUAAAGAGCAGACCGACCUUUGAACCACUAACGCA